GCCAUAACUCCGAAUGGGCUAGCUGAUGGUAUCACAAGAGACGAGGAUGAUGUGGAACACUUUGUCAUGCCGUACGAAAUAGAAAUGAGUAUGAGUGAGUUUCUCGCACACUUGGACUGCAAGAGGUAUGGAAUAAUGGGACAAGUACAUACCAUACAUUCAGAAGCAGAACUCAAACUUGACCGAAGAUUUUGCUGAGCUCAUGGUGGAUGUACAGACAGAAGUGGCAUUUGCCAGUGAAGCUUUUACCAAGAGGCCUGAUGCUGUCAACUUUUGGAUGGGGGAUGAACGAGCUGUGACUUCAAUGCACAAGGACCCCUACGAAAACAUAUACUGUGUUAUAGACGGAUACAAAGAUUUCAUAUUAAUACCACCAACCGACCUCCCAUAUGUACCCUACAAGCGCUAUCCAGUGGCCGAGUUCAAACUAACAGGCGACAAAUGGAGCAUAGUACCUAAUGCAAGUGGGACAGAGACAACAGAUAGUGAAGAGACUGAUGAUGGAGUGAGAAGAAUAGAGGAUGAUGGUGAUGGUGUAAAGGGAAAUGGGCUGCCAUGGAUUUGUGUUGACCCUCUAAACCCGGACUACGAUCAGCACCCACAGUUCGCGAAGGCCCACAGAUACCACAUACGGCUCAACAAGGGGGACUGUCUCUACCUGCCCAGUCUCUGGUUCCACCACGUGAGGCAGAGCCACGGGUGCAUAGCCGUCAACUAUUGGUACGAUAUGGAGUUUGAUAUCAAGUACUGCUACUUCAAGAUGUUGGAGAGACUUUGCAAUAAAUACUGAUGACUCAUCAUGGCGGCUGGACUCAUGUUUUGUACGACAUAAUGACAGUCAAUACUCCAUCCUAUAACAAUUUCUUUAUUUUUGCAAGUUACUUGACAAUCUUGUUUUAUGUAAUAAAUUAUAUUUGUUAAAAA